UUUUUUUCUUAGAGAUUUAUUUAAGUAGCAAUAGUCCAUUAUACAUGGCGAUUUAAGCUUUUAAUCGAAUUUUCCCUAUUAUCGUUCUUUGAAACGAGUUUAGACAAGACGCUCUUCGGCAGCAUUUCAGAUUAACAGUCAUUUACUCUCUGGAAUAUAGAACAUAUUUCGUUAGAUUAUAAAAAAAAUGGAUUAACCUGCUAAUGUCAGAAUGGCGAGCUUUGAUGUAAAUGUAUCUCAAAAUCAUGCCGACAGUAGUGAUAGCGAAGACGCUGAAGAGGGGAUUAAAGAGAGAAUAAAUGAACAGUUAGGAAACUUGUUGGACGAUGAUUUUUUCAACGACUCUUUCGAUUCUACAGCGGUUGAUUCAAAGCAAUCUUUUCAUCGAGCACUCUAUGUCAAUGCUUGUCACAUGCCGCCGCAACCAUACGAUUCUCAUAUUGAGUUUAAUGCAAAACAAAAAGAAAAUACCAAUUUUUUAUUAGAUCAGAAUACUGCUACAUAUUCGGGUUUCAAUCAAGAUACACCAAACCAAGAAUACCUCAUUGAUAAGCCUAUUUUAAAUGAAGAAAAAAUGCCAUAUCCUCAACAGCAACCAAAUAAGAUGGACUAUUUUGUUAAAUAUCGACCUCAGAAUGAAACGUACUCUCAGGAAAUUAAUACGAAUGAUGAAACUAUUGUUAAUAACAAAAUGGAACAGCAGUUUUCUCAGCUUAAGAUUUUAUAUGAAGCACGAGGACGCCAAUUGGAAGAUUUUUCAGCAGCCUUUGAAGAAAAAGAAAGAGAAAUUCGCAUAUUAAAGCAUGAAGUUGCUAUGGCGACAGAACAAGCUGAAUCUUGCAAGAAUGGUAGAGAACAAAUGCAAGUAUUGCUGAUUGAAGAGAAAGAUAAAGUUGCUAAAUUAGAGAGUGAAAAUUCCAAUCUAGAUAAACAAUUGGCAAAUAUAACUAAUUGUAAAGAAGAUGCCGAAAGACGGCUGGCGGCUUCAGAAGCAACAGUCGACGUACUUCAAAGACAAGUCUGCCAGUUAGAAGCCAGUGAUGCAGUUGCCCGAACAAGAUAUACCCAUGAAGCCUACGUAGAUUCACUAAAACAACGACACAGCAGUCAAAUUGCAAAUUUAGAACAGAAAUAUGAUGAAGCAGAAAACCAAAGAAGAUGCCUGGAGGAUGAAAUUAACUCUGUAAAAAAGAAACUUAACGAGGCUACAAAAGAAGCCGAAUCUGCAAGAAUUGAGAGAGCUGACACUGUUAAUCGAUUAACCGAAAGUUUGAAAAGAAGUCAAGAGCAAUGCGAACAACUAUUAGCGGCAGGCACAGGUCAGGAAAUUGGCAAGGCCAAUGCUCAGCUAAAAGAAGCAUUAGCUGGGAAAACAAUUGCUCAAGAUAUGAACAAAGCUUUACAAGCUGAAUUGAAUGACGUAAAAGAGCAACUAAUUUUAUUAGAAAAUUUCACUCAACUUUCGGAUCAAGUAAAUAGCAAAAAUUCUGAUCAUUGCAAUCCUGAUGAUUCAUACGCUCAACUAGGAAUAAAACAAAAACAAGAAACUGCUGUGGAUGAUCUAGUACAUAGAUUAAAAUCAGAAUUAGAGCGCUGCUUGAACAACUACAGAAACAAACGCCAGCAAGUUUUACAAUUACAAGAUCAAUUGGCCGCUUCAAAGUUGAAAAAUAACGAAUUAGAAGAAUCUCUGAAAGAGAUGAAGAAUUAUAAAAAUCAAGUUGAAAUUUGGCAAGAUAAGUAUGGAGAUUUAGAAUCGCACAGAGACGUCACUCCUUUAGAAGCAAAGUUAAAACGAGAUUUAGAGCGUUUACGAGGUGAAAGAGAUUUAUUAAAAGAAGAAUUUACUGAGCUAGAAAUUAGGUUAAAUGAGGCUGUUAAAAGUGAAGAAUCCUUAAAUGAGUUGAACAAGCAAUUGAGCUCUGAAAUGAGCGCCAUGGCAGCUGAGUUUGAUAGUGAUAAGAGAGAGGCUAUCAUGAGGACUCAAAGUGAGUGUCUACGUUUACAAGAGGAAACGAGAGAGAAGUUAAAGAAUGAACUGGAAAUGAAACAUGACGAAGAAAAACACAAACUUGAAAACCAACUGUCUCAUACUGUCAAUACUUUGAACGAUCAGAUAAAAAGUCUCGAAAAAGAACUUUCUGAGGUUAAAGAGGAUUACGUAAAAAUAUGUGAGAGUAAAGAUAUUGUGGAAGAUAGUCUGAGAUUAAGACUGGAAGAUGAACGAAACAGGGCCAUAAAAGAUGCUGUUGAAGAGGCGGAAAAAACUCUCAAAGAGUCAUUUGAAAGGCAACUGACUGAGCGAUCGGAAAGUAUACGAGAGCAGUUGAAUAGAGAAAAUUCUAUACGACAGAAAAAUGAACUUCAAAAUGAGUUAUCGAAGACAAAAGCUGAAUGGGAAAGAUUAAAAGCAGGUCAAUUCAAAGUGGCUUUAGAUGAUGCAAGACUUGAAUGGAAUAAACAAUUUGAGGAGAAAUUACAGGAAAAACAAGCUCAACUGGAUAAAAGUAUUAGUACCCAACAGAAACUUGAAUUAAGUCUUAGCGAGAUGAAGCAAAAUUCUAUUUCAAGAAAUGUUCACAUGGUAGAAUUGAAGAGCCUAAGACAAAAAUUCGAUACAAAUAUUCAACAAUUACGUAAUGAAAAACAACAAGAAAAUUUGAAAAAUGACGCUCAAGUAGAAAUGUUGAAAACUGCCCAUGAAAAGAAAAUCAAAGAAAUGUUGGAUGAAAGGAGGAAAGCAAUUGAAGAAAUCAGAAAAGAAUUUAGUGGAAAUAUAACUCGUUUGGAGAAGAAUAUUAAAGAAUUGAAAAAUGAAAAAAAUAGUCUUAUGAAAGAAAUAGAAUCUUUAAAGUCUGAUUUACAAGCUAAAGAUAAAGAGGUUAAAGCAUCUGUUAAGAAAAUAAAGGAUGAAUUGAAAAUGAAGCACGAAAAUGAUAUUGAUGAAGUAAUCAAAGGUAUGGAGAACUCUUCCUCUUCGGCCGAAGUUGUUAGGCUAAAAAAGGAAUUAGAAAAUGCUGCGGAUAAAAUCAGAGAUCUGGAGAAAGCUAAGGAAAACUCUGCUGAGGAGAGACGAAAAUUAAUUAAAUUAAAAGAUGAAGAAAGAAGAAGAGACGUUGAGGAAAUUGAAAAGAAGUGCGAGGCAGAUUUCAACAAAUUCUUUGAUGAACAUCAGGGAACAUUAUCACAUGCUUUAAAAACGCAAAGGGUACAAUUUGAAAAAGAGAUGAGUCAAUUAGCUGAAAGACAGAGUGAAGAAAUGAAACUGUAUAGAGAAAGGAUAAGAAAUGAGAUUAAAGAAGAAUUGGGAACGGAUAAACGAUUGAUAGCCGCAGAACACGCUGAAGAGGUGGAAGAAUUAAAAAGGCAAAUGAGAGAAGACAUAGAAACUCUUAGUUCCGAGCAUAGCAAAAAAAUUAAGCAAGUUGAGGAUGACUGGCUCUCGAGAUGCUCAUUUUCCACUAGAACAUUGCAUCAAAAACUUUCAGAAGCCCAGCGUACUAUAAGUGAACACGAGAUGCAAAUAGAAGCUUACGAACAGCAAAUGAGUAAUGUUCAACAAGAAAUAGAUCAAAGACAUCGAGAAAUUGAAACAGAAGUUAGAAAUAAAAUUGAAAAAAUGAAAUUAGCAAAGUUCGAAGCAGUCCGUAAAGUUGAAGCUGAAAUUACCAAAUUCAAAGAAGAAAUAAAUCAAAUUACUAGUGAAAAGAAGAACUUAAUCGAAAAGAAUACCAGAAUUAUUCAAGAAAAGCUGGAAAUUGAAAAUUCUCUUCGAAAAAUGAAAGAAAAUCAAAUUCAGAGUGAAGAACAAAUAAAAGACUUGAAAGAUGUUAUAAAUACUCUUCGAAAAAAACCACCUAUAGAUAAUAAAUGCACUCAGACUGAAAAAGCUGAACAAACCUACGAUAAAGUACAAGAAAUUCGUAUGAAGUAUAUGAAAUCAGUGGAAAAAAUUAAAGAUGAAUUCCUGCAACAUGAUGAGAAAGUUUCAAAAGAAAAUGCGGAUCGUAUUAGAAUGGAAACCACUCGCAUAAAAAAUGCAACCAUUAGAAAAAUGAAACACCAUUGUUUGAGAAUUGUAUCCAAUUUGCUCCAAAGAUUUGAUGCAACGAUUAACAAAGAGGAAUUCCUAAAAUGGUUAAAUGAAGCUUUGACAAGAAAUCCUCCAGAGUCUAUUGCGAGCUCGAUAACGACAUUAAACUCUCGAUCUUCGUCUCCUGGAUCAAAUUAUGUUAAUUUGAGUUGCUUACCAUAUGGACCAGCUCCUCCUUCUAGGCCAACAUCAGCUGGUUCCAUGCCAGUUAAAUCGGGAGAUUCAAAAAGUGGAGUUCGUCGUUCUAUAUCUAGUGGAGCAAUCAUUGAAAAAUUUACUCUGGCUCUUGAGAAAACCAAUUCACCAAGAUCCGAAACAAACUCUAUCAGCUCGGGAUCAUUUACUUUACCAAAACCUCUGUACUUUCGAAAAAUAGACUUAGACAGUCCCAGCUCUUCUACAUGUUCGAUAGCCUCAGUUGGUCAAGCACCAACGCCACCAUCUUCUGCUCCAACAAUUCCUCCAAGACGUUCAGCAGUUGCUGGCUUUGGCAGUAUUGAAAAUUUGGGAAAGCGAACGAUUGUCCAAACUAACGUUAAAUAUGGCGGCUCUAGUAAUAGCCCAACAAGUAGAUCAAAAUCCUAUGGAACUUUAGAUAGAAAACCUUUAAAAGACUUUAAUAGUCACCGAGGUACUGUAAGAUUUUCUCCGUCCAGUACCUACGAGCCCGGUGAAGCUUUGUAAGCGACAAUUGUGCUACUUCUUUCGCAUUUUCUUUCUUAUUAAUUAUUUUUUUUACUAAUAAUUUAAUACAAAUAAACAAAACAGCAUGUUUAUAAUUGUUAUUCAACUGUGGUCAUCAAAGUUCGUUCUCGC